AUGGAGAAUUUCGAGUUCAAGAUUGGGCUCAAAGAGCACCAGGAGGUUGUUCAUCAAUUCCUUUUAAACCAUUUUCGAGUUUCCGAGCCGAUUACGGUAUCACUUGAUUGUCAAGAAGCCGAUGUUGAAAAAUUCUUUGCGGAUUUGGCUUCUGGAGGCCUGAAUAAUGAAAAAUAUUCGAUUUUAGUCUUUCAUAAUGAGAAAUUGGUGGCGGUUUGCUUGAAUUCGGUGAAAAUCUCGGAGAAAUGGAAACCCGAAUUUCAGGAGCAAAUUUAUUUUAAUCCGCAUUUUGAUUAUGCCAAAGAAAUCGCUUCGGGACCCUACACUGAGCCAAAAGCGAAUCGACUUGUUUCAUUUGUGAACGCUCUUGAAUAUUAUCUGGAGCUUCUCGCCGAUUAUCCGAUGAAAAUACUGAAAAUUGAUGUGCUUUGUGUCUCCAAGGAAUAUCAAGGACAAGGUCUCGCCAAGAAGCUCGUCGUCGACUCAUUGGCAAAAGCCGUCGAAAAUGAUUGCGAUUUUGUGGCAACAGUGGCGACAGCACGCGCGAGUCAAUCGAUUUUCGCCAAAUCUGGUCUCGUCACACUUCAAGAGAUGCCGUUUUCAUGUUUUCGCGAGAACGGCGUUCCCGUAUUCCAGAAUCUUCCGGACGAUGGCGUCAGCGGAAAACUGAUGGGCAUCAGUUUAAGCGGUGAGAAGGCUAAAAUCAACGAAGACGAUGAGGAUUUACGCUAG